AUGGGUCUUGACCACAUCAUCGGCCUUGCCGAGGACGGCUUCCAAGAUGUCGUUCAUGGUGUUCACGAAAUUGCCGAUGCCUUUCAAGAUGGUUUGGGUCUUGGCCACAAUGGCGAGGAAGACGAUGGUCACUAUGGUCAUGACGACGACGGAUGCCAAGAGGAAGGGGACGAUCAGUGUGGCGAAGAUGGCCAGGAUCAUGAGGGUAAACACCACCACCACUGGGGCCAUCCUGGCGACAAUGAUGACUCGAUGAACCAUUGUGAGUUGUCCCGAGGAAUGGGCACGAAGACCAGGGUGAUGAACAUGGUGACCAAAGCUGGCAUCACCACGGUCACGAUGGCCACGACCAGAAUGAGCAUGGUCAAUACGACGAUGAAAAUCACCACGGCCAUAACGAGGAAGACCCCAACGGUCACUGGAAUCAUCACGAUGGACAGGAUGAGAGCGACCCUCACGGUCACUGGAAUCAACACGAGCAUCAAGAUGAGCACGACCCGAGCCAGCAUGGGAGCCAUCAUGAUGACCACGAGCAUCAAGAUGGGCACGACCCGAGCCAGCAUGGGGGUCACUAUGGCCAUGACCAAAACCAGCAUGGUGAGCAAGACCCAAGUCACCAUGAAACGGGAUCGGGUCAUAACGAUGACUGCCAUCAACAGCAGCAUGAUAACAGCAACCACCACGACCCUCAGACACAGCAGCAUGACAGCAGCAACCACGAUGAUCCUCAUAAGCAGCAACCAGGUGGUGACGGCUGCCACUGCCCUCCACCAUCCGAUGAUCAUGCUCACCAACACCAAGAACAACAACAACCACACCACCAAGAAGAACAACAGCAGCACGAACAACCACAUGGGCAACAGCAACACGAACACCAGGGCCAUGAUGACUGCCAUGACGAGCAACAGCAGCAGCAUCACGGUGGCUCUCAACAUAUGGGUCGCUGCUGCUGCUGCUGCCGCUGCUGCUACUGCAGGGAAAUGGUUGCUUGAUUCAGCAUAG